CAGGAACCGGAUACUCAAGGUCGUCUACCGCGAACCUCGCAACCUCAACUGUAGUGCGGCACAACCGCUGGGACCGCGGUAACCGCAGCACAUCAUGGAGAUGCAGGACAACAAGAUGGUGCUCCAUGGAGUGGACAAUCGCGCCAUGGUGUGGGACACUUCAGAUGUUCUCUCUAACCACUCCAAACCUCCACCGGAGUACAAACCUCCACUGGACCGGAAGCCCCCGCCGGAGUAUAAACCCCCCGCUGUACCAGAGCUUCCAGAUCAUUUCCCCGCUGUGGAAGGCAUUGGACACAUGCAGCGGCCCAAACAUCCCACAUCGUACUCUGAGACGUUAGCCCAUCUCCUGAAAGGGAACAUUGCGUCCGGCAUGUAUGCGAUGGGAGACGCCUUCAAGAACGGAGGACUGUUGUUGGCUCCUUUUCUCACAGUGUUUCUGGGAAUUAUUUGUGUUUUCAACCAACACAUUCUGGUGAAUUGUGCCAAUGCUAUGAGAGAGAGAAACAAGCUAAAUUAUUACCCAGGGUUUGACGAUACAGUAGAAUUAUGUUUUGAUGCUGGACCGCCAAUGUUUCGCCGCUAUGCCAAAACUGGAAGAUCAGCUGUUAACUUCUUCAUAAUCACGGCUCAGCUAGGAUUCUGCUGCGUCUACAUGGUCUUUGUCACCAGCACGACCCAUCAGAUUCUAGAGAACUUCGGAUACCACAUGGAUAUCCAUCUCAACAUGGUCAUCACUCUUGUGUUUAUCAUGGCCUUCAUUAUCAUUCGGAACCUCAAAUACCUUGCGCCGGUCUCGUUGUUCGCCACAGUCACUAUGGUCGUUGGCGUCGCCCUCACCAUCUACAUCAGCUGUGAUGAGCUCCCGCCAAUUGCUGCUCGGCACGCCAUCCCCACUCUGGUGCAGCUGCCUCUGUUCUUCGGUACUGUGAUCUACGCCUACGAGGGAAUCAGUUUGGUAUUGCCGCUGCAGACAGAAAUGAGGCACCCAGACAAGUUCAACAGUCCGUUGGGAGUUCUGAACGUCGGAAACAUCAUCGUAACUCUGCUCUUGCUUAUCAUGGGCUUCAUCGGAUACCUCAAGUAUGGAGAUGAUGUCCAGGGCAGUCUCACACUCAAUCUCCCUCAUGAUAACACGCUGUCCCAGUGUGUGAAAAUAGCCAUCGCCAUCGGUAUCUUGUUGACAUACCCGAUCAUGUUCUACGUUCCUGUAGCUCUGAUCUGGCCGGCUGUGGUAGAACGCUGGGGACCUUUUGACAAACCUGUCAGAUACGAAAUCAUCCUAAGGAUACUACUGUGUCUUCUAACUUUUGUCCUCGCCGAGGUAAUACCAGACCUCAGUCUAUUCAUCUCGCUGGUCGGCGCAGUCAGCAGCACGGCGCUAGCGCUGGUGUUCCCCCCUCUCUGUGAUAUAAGCAUGCGCCAGCUAGACGGAGACUUUGGCUUCCUAGGCUGGCGUAAGAUGGUGAACUAUCUAACGCUCCUCAUCGCUUUAUUCGGUUUUUGCACCGGAACGUACUUUAGUUUAGUUCACAUUGUACAGUCUUUUGGCUUGCACUGAUUUUGUAAAAUAGUUUCUUAGACUUAGGCAGUUAACUUAUUUAUUUAAGUGAAAGUGUCAUAUGAUUCUUGUGCUUUCAAAUUUUGAGUGAAUUUUUAUAUGAUGAUUAAAGUUGUAGAUGAAAAGUAGAGAAAAAACCUUUUGCUGGAUUUAUCAAAAGGUGGGGUGAAUGGUUUCCAACAAUUUCAUUGUAAUUUUUGUUAAAUCCUUUUCCAGUUUUAUCAGGUUUAACGAAACUUAGUGAUCAUAAAAUCUAAAAAUAUUUAACGCACGUUUCUUAUCGUAUGUAUUGACUUAAUAGAGUUCAAAACAAUUUUUAAACCCAUUUUUUCUGUUUGAUGAAGUGAUAAGAAACACAUUUUUAUCAGUACCUAAAUGUUUAAAUUUAAGGGGCAUAAAUUUAACUAUGUGUAAAUAUUCAAUCAAAUAGGUUUAAUAUUUGAUUUUUUAGGCUCACAUACUUACUUUGUACUCAAAGAAACAUAUUAAUUUUUUAAGCUUUCCUCCAUCCUCAGAUGACUUAAAAUAAUAUUAGUUAAUUAUGGUAAUUUUGCACUGUAUUCUUAAAUAUUUAUAUGAUCUAGUAUAAAAAUACUUACCUCUUAGCAUAAAAAGAAGUAUAAAUGAGUUUAGAUAAUUAAUUAUUGUAAAUAUUUGUAGAUAGUUUUAUACCUAAUGUAUGUAUAUUGUAAUUAAUGUGAACAAAAAUGCUGUGAUACGACUUUUCCAUUUUAGAGAAAUUGUAAACUCGUUUUAUCAUUUAGGAUAUCGUCCAUUGAGAGUAAUAGAACUAAGUUAAUGUUUUAUAAUUGAUUCACUGACAAUAACUUUUAACUUUUUAUUGGAUCGUGACAAUUAUUAUGUAUACCCUUUGACUAUUGUUAGAACUUCAGUACUGGAAUCCAAAAGUCAAUGGUAGAGCUUAAAAGUUGUAUUCAUGCCACUGCUACAACUUUCAAAAAAAUUAUCAACUAUACCAAAGUUUCUAUAAAACCAACCACAAAUACUUAAACAGAACCAGUAUGGAUCGUAAACAUAAAGAAAUUACUUUGCUGGCCUGAAUCCUAUACUAGCAUUAACAUGUGGUUUAUACAGUUCCAUUUAAGCAAUAUGUUUAUUUUCCAGCUAGUAGCAUUUUGUUUAUGUUUAUGAUCCAUACCGUGUCUGAUUAAAUAUUCAUUGAACCAACCCAAGUUAGAAUUAACAAAUAUUCACCUCAAGUGGCAGCAAAAUAAAAUUCUUUGCUACUAUAUCAAAAUUGUAUAUUUUAAUAAGGAAUGUAACAAAUUAAUUAGGUUAACUUGUUGAGAUGUAUCUUCUAAGUUGAUAAGUUAAAGUUGUAUUUUUAUCACUGUGAUUUCUGUAAUUUAAAGUAUUAUUGUGUAAAUAUUUUCUAUUUUAGGAGUAGGUUUUAGGAAAACACUGUAUUUUGGAGAAAUAUAUAAUGAUACAUAAUUCUUGGUGAAAUUUUAAAACUGAAAUGUAUAAUAAUAAUAGAGUGUAUAUAACAUUUUUAAAUAAGAUUGUACAUAUUUAUAACAUGUAAUUAGAAGAAUAAAGCACAUUUACAACAUA